CCCAUUUUUUUGUUGUUGUUGUUUCCUUUUUCCUCUUUUUCUCGGCUCAUCCCGAAAAGCGGAAGGUCUAGAGGCAGAGCGACAACCAGACCCACCCACCGUGCCCCAGCCACGUGCGUGGCCACGAAGGCGCCCAUUCCUCCCUGGACCCCACCCAUAUAAAGCGGUUUCAGAAUCCUUGACUCAGUGAUACACAUCCUUUCAGGGUUGGUUGGAAGCCACAGCCCAGCCUCCUGAUGCAGUCUGAAUCCAGCCAGUGUGAAGAGGAGACCCCUUCCCUCUUGUGGGGUUUGGAUCCUGUGUUUCUAGCCUUUGCAAAACUCUACGUCAAGGACAUCCUGGAUUUAAAGGAGUCCCGCCAGGUGCCAGGUAUAUUUUUAUACAAUGGACAUCCAAUAAAACAGGUAGAUAUCUUGGGAACAGUCAUUGGAACAAGAGAAAAAGAUACUUUCUACAGUUACGGAGUGGACGAUGGCACUGGAGUUAUAAACUGCAUCUGCUGGAAAAAGUUGAGCAAUACUGAAGAGUCUUCAUCAGCUACAGCUGCUCCAACUACAGCAGGAGAGCAGAGCUUAACCUCAAAACUUAAGAAGCUACAAGAGGCCAUUGAACAGAGGACAAAGUUAGAAAUUGGGGAUGUUGUCCGAAUCAGAGGCUAUAUCCGCACCUACAGGGAAGAGCGAGAAAUUCAUGCCACCACUUAUUAUAAAGUGGACGAUCCAGUGUGGAACAUUCAAGUUGCAAGGAUGCUUGAGCUGCCCACGAUCUACAGGAAAGUUUACGACCAGCCUUUCCGCAGCCCGGCCCUGGAGAAAGAAGAGGCACUGAGCAGCAAUCCAGGUGCCCUGGACCUUGCCAGUCUCACGAGUUUGCUAAGUGAAAAAGCCAAGGAAUUCCUCAUGGAGAACAAAGUGCAGACCUUUUACCAGCAGGAGCUGGAGAUAGUGGAGUCUUUGCUGUCCGUCGCCAAUCAGCCUGUGAUUCACAGCACCUGCUCUGACCAAGUAGAUAAUAAGGACACCACUUCCAAGGCGAUUCAUAGUAUAUUUAAGAAUGCUAUACAGCUGCUGCAGGAAAAAGGACUCGUUUUCCAGAAAGAUGGUAGUUUUGAUAACCUGUACUAUGUAACCAGAGAAGACAAAGACCUGCACAGAAAGAUCCACCGGAUCAUUCAGGAAGACUGCCAGAAACCAAACCACGCGGAGAAGGGCUGCCACUUCCUGCACAUCUUGGCCUGCGCUCGCCUGAGCAUCCACCCGGGCCUGAGUGAGGCUGUGCUGCAGCAGGUUCUGGAGCUCCUGGAGGACCAGAGUGACAUCAUCAGCACCAUGGAGCACUACUACACGGUGUUCUGAGCAGAGGCCACAGAAAUACACGCGGACAAGAAAGUUGAGGUGGCAUUCACCCCAAGGCUCUGAUUUUAUACAUCAUGCAGGGGCUUAUAUGAAGGCAGUUACCUCCUAACACACUACAAAAUAUGGUCAUUCAGAGAAUGGAAUUUGACAUAAAUGCUGUUGGCU